CGAAAAUUGAGAAAAAAAAUGCGGAGAUCUGUUGUGUUUGCUUCGACGGUGAAGAGAUUUGUUCAUGGUCAAGGUAAUCCUGGAACUGCUCUUCCUUCGUUGAAUUUCUGUUUCCGGGCACGAGCUUUCUCUGUUGCCAGUGAUGAUUAUAGAGAGAAGCUCAGAAACGGGGUAGAUGAUGCAAUUGGUUUUCUCGUCCUUUGCCUUCCAUUAUUCGGUGAUGCACUCGACCUAUUCGGUGAAAUGGAGAGCAAGGGAAUUAGACCUGAUGUUAUGGAGCGAUGCCUCCGGCUACUAAGCGAUAUGAUCGAGAGGAACAUCGACGCCAAUGUAGUUACGUUCAGUGCAUUGACCGAGGCGUUUGCAAAAGAGGGGAAACUUUUGGAGGCCGAGAGAUUGUAUGAGGAAAUGAUCGGAAGAUCUAUAGAUCCGAACAUUUUCACAUACAGUUCACUGAUCAAUGGGUUUUGCAUGCAGAGUCGCCUAGAGGAGGCCAAGCGGAUGUUUGAUUUGAUGGUUAGCAAGGGUUGUCUCCCAGAUGUAGUGAUAGGAUUAGUUGGAAACACAGUCACUUACAAUACGCCUAUCCAAGGCUUUUUCCAAGCUGAAGAUUGUGAGAACGCCCAACAAGUUUUCAAACAGAUGGUUUCUGCUGGUGUCCCUCCUGAUAUUUGGACAUACAACAUUUUGUUAGACGGUCUUUGUAACAACGGGAAGUUAGAGAAGGCAUUGGUCGUAUUCCAAGAUAUGCAAAAGAGUGAAGUGGAACUCGGGAUGUGCAAGGCUGGGAAGGUGGAAGAUGCUUGGGAUUUGUUUUCUUGCCUCAGCCUUAAAGGAGUGAAGCCUAAUGUUGUGACCUGCAAUACAAUGAUCUCAGGAUUGUGUAGGAAAGACUUACUGCAAGAAGCAGAUGCCUUGUUUAGAAAAAUGAAAGAAGAUGGGCCUCUUCCAGAUAGCGGUACCUAUAAUGCACUGAUUGGGGCACGCCUUAGAGAUGCCGCAUCAGCAGAACUCAUCAAGGAAAUGAGGAGUUGCGGCUUUGCUGGAGACGUGUCAACAGUAAGCUUGGUCACUAAUAUUGCUCCAAUUCAUCUUGAUUUAAGGUGGGAUGAGGCUCAAAUUGUGGCAAGAAAGCUUGUGCCUUACCGUAGAAGCUUCUAUAGUCAGUACAAGUUUAGAGAUGGAGAGGGAACAAAAUCGGCUCUGAAUCUGCUUAGGACGAUGGAGGAAAGCCACAUCAAAGCCAAUGCUGUAAUCUAUAAUCAUAGCAGUGUUCAAAACUUUUUCACUGAAAUGCUUGAGACUGUGUCUUCCUUUCGUUGCAGCUGCUACUGAAUUCGCUUUGAUGCACGUGAAAUCUGGUGUCACGUUAUCAUCUCUCAUUUGCUAAACACAAAAAUGUUUAUGCAAUGUAAAAAUUGAAUUAGGAGGCUACAACAGUACCCCAAUUUCAUGAUUAUUAUUUGUUGGAAACUUACAAAAAUCUUUCCUGCAAGGUGGGUUGGUGACACGUGUCACAGCACGAGUCCGUAAGUGGGGUUGAUGACCUAACUCAUUGAACUUCCGACAGAUCCUAAUAAAUCCAAGUGAUGAAUUGAUAAUUAAAACUUUUUAAAAAGGAAAAAAUAAGCUGGACAAUAAUGUGUUUUUAACUUUAACGACGAGAUUCUUUUGGAUUUUCAUUUCAGAAAACGACUUAAAUCUAAUUCCAAAAGUUCAAUUUCGAAUUCCUGAUAUAUAUAACUACGAGCUAAAAUAACUUGUAUUCUUUCUUUGUUUGUGAUAAGAUCGUAUUUUAGUUAACGUAAACUUUAUGUACUUACCUUGGCCUUAAAAAAAAAUUAUCAUGUUAUUAUUAUAAAUGCCGAAUAUGAUACUCUAGAAAGAGUUACAUAGGUUUAAAGUUUUUGAUGAAAAUUAAGUGUUUGACAAAAAAAAGCGAGUUGUUUUUUUUGAUAAUUUUUUUUGGUAAAUGUUGAUAUGUUUUGGUUAAAUUGGUGUUUUAGGCACACAAAAAAUGCGACUCUCUUAUAUUGGAACUAGAUGUUGAUGAUACAUAUUGUAGGUUUCAGCUAACUAUAAAUUUAGUAAGAAUUGAUUAUUAAUUUUUGGCUUCAAAUUUUCAAUCAACAUGAUUUAAGUAAGAAUUGAUUUUUAAUUGGUUUCAAAUCUUCAAUCAACAUGAUUAAAAUAUUAAACCAAACUGCAAGUCGUUUUACAAAAGAAAAAAUUAGAUUAUUUUCCAAAAUUAGGUGAAAGGCCUAUCAAUAUCUAAUAAUAAUUAAAAGAACAUUCUUCUAACUUUUUCAAUUGGUAACUUAUCU